ACGAACAAUCUGUAGCUAUUUCGAAUCCAAAAUUUACAAAAGGAGAGAAGUGCAUUUUCACGCAUUUGGUGCUUACUUUCUCGUUAACACUGCUCAUAACAUUAGUAUACUUAGUUCAUUUGUUUGUUGUCGAUCAUCACGUUCAAGAGGUUUUUAUUACUAGGAGAUUCAUUGCCGAUAAAAAUGAUUAUCCUGAACUCGACGCCGUACCAAUAGGACAAUUGUUUAUAAAAGUCAGUCCUAUUAUUAAUAUUUGUAACGUUAUGUUAUUGGCACCUGGUUGGUCGGUCGGCCCCGGACAUUGUAUAGCCAUGAGAUCAGACCCGGAGCUAUCACAUUUACUAUUCGCUUGGAGAAUUAAAUAUAAAUAUAGUAAUACAGAUGUUACAAUCAAAAGAAGUAUUGUUCAUCCACAUUUCAACAGGGACACGUUUGCUAAUAAUAUUGGACUUGUACAACAUGUUACUCUUCGUGGUCAGCUGAAAUAUAAUAUGGGCAGUCAUAUCGACAGCACCUUAAAUAAUUAUGAGACUGAUAAAAUUGUUAUAAUAAGCUGGAAUUUUGAUACAAUCCAAUAUAAAGAUAAACAUAUUGUAAAACAUCCUGUUCAAGUAUUGAAUGAAGAAAAAUGUUCAAUCUAUAUGACACCAAUAAUAGAAUUGAGAAGCUAUGAAUUUUGUACAACAAUUGGGAAUGAUGUCAAUACAACUAUAGGCCAUGGAGCAUUAAUUUGUAAUAGGAAAGGUUCACAUACGUUCGGAUUUUUUACAUGGGGAGAGAGACAGGAAAGGUCUUUACCACUCGUUAUUCUUAACUUAACCAAUUUUCAAGAGUGGUUAAAAACGAUUAUAACGUUUUAACAUAGUUAAAAUAUGACAUUUCAAAAUAAACAUUUGUCCAUCCAAAUUGUUUUAUUUGUACAACUGAG